AUGAAGUCCUCCGUUUUCCAGCUGCUCCUUCCGCUUGUGCUCGCCUCUCCAACACCGGCCCCCAUAUAUGCACACCCCAAACAGGGUUCCCAUCCCAAACCUGCUCCAGGUCUCGGCGAUCUCGCAAAGAAAGCUGGACUAAAGUACUUUGGCACCGCCAUCGACAACGUCGUCCUCGAUAAUGACGAGUACACUUCGAUAGCCUUCAACCGCUCCGAAUUCAACCAAGUUACCCCGUCCAACGGCCAAAAAUGGAUACACACAGAGCCCCAACGCAACGUCUUCAACUGGACGCUCGGCGACGAGAUCGUUGACCCGAGCAAAGAUGCGCACCAAAUGCGGCGCUGCCAUACCUUCCUCUGGCACCAGCAACUCCCCGACUGGGUGAACAACGGCAACUGGACCAAAAGUAGCCUUCUCUCCGUCCUGGAAACACACAUCAAAACGGUCGCAGACUACUACUGGAACGACUGCUACGCCUGGGAUGUUGUAAACGAAGCAUUCGAAGACGAUGGCACGCUGCGCAAGUCCAUCUGGCUCGACGUCAUUGGCCCAGAGUACAUUGAACAUACGUUCCGCCUUGCAAGAAAGUACACAAGUCCAGGCACGAAACUAUACUACAACGACUACGGGAUUGAGAGGGUGAACAACAAGAGUCUGGCUGUUGCACGCAUGAUCAGCGAGUAUCAACGCGCUGAUGUGCCAAUCGAUGGUGUAGGACUACAGGCGCAUUUCACCGUAGGCAGAGCGCCAACUUAUGAUGAUGUUCGGGCUUCGCAACAGCUGUUCUCUGCCUUGGGCCUAGAGACUGCGCUGACGGAAUUGGAUGUUCGGAUCGGGCUGCCCGAUAAUGCGAACAAGACGGCUGCGCAGGCGGCUAUCUAUGCGGACUCCGUGCGUGCGUGUGUCGAUGAGGAGAGCUGUGUUGGAGUCACCGUUUGGGAUUUUUGGGAUCCGGUUAGUUGGGUGCCGGAGUCUUUCCCGGGUAAUGGGAAUGCUUGCUUGUGGGAUGAGAAUCUGGAGAGGAAGCCGGCGUAUUAUGCUAUUGCUGAUAUGUUGAAGGAGGCGGCGGCGAAGAGGGGAUGA